ACGCCAAAUUGGACACAGCCAGCCACCGUCAAUGUCGUUCACCAGUGUAGGAAGAGUGCUGUUGUGCAGCAGCAACAUAAGGUCGUGCAAUAAUAGCGAAAAAUUUAAAAAUCGAACCAGCAAACGCAUGAAAAAACUGGGUACAUAUUAAAUUGACUAAAGCCGAACAAGACUAAAACAACACCAAACGAAUUUCGAAGCGACUACUUUUUAACAUUAACUGCCCAACUGUGGCAAAAAACUCAUCAACUAUGGCCAAGACAGCAACGUUAAUGUUUGCCUACAGAGCGCUGUACAUUACGAGUGCGAUGCGAAGCCCAGUACGGCGUUGUUAAGCAAAGGUGGACAGAGCAGAACAACAGCGCAACAACUCAGUCUCCCUCGAUAUCUGUGAGCUUGAGUGUGUGUGCGGUGUGGCGAAUGAGUUCUCCCAGUAUCUUAAUAUCUUGCUGGCUUUCUUGUGAGCAUAGUGAGCACACACUAAUCGACGACGGACCGACCGAUCGCAUAAGCGUAAGCGGCCAAGCAAGCAACAACCGACAGACAGCGAACUCAGACGGCAGCGACAACAGCGCAACAGCAACUAUACCGACUAGUAGAAGAAAAAAAAACAAAAAAAAAAAAGAGUUUUUCAUUUGAGCGCGUUCGCUGAGGGGUUUAUUUAUUCAGCGAUCGAUCCCGUGUGUGGACACUGUUUUCCGCAGCGUUCGCAAAGGAGCACACGACGAAAUAAAACGCGAUACCAACGUCAAGUGAAACAAAUCGAUUCGAGUGCUGUCCGUACAUUCGUAACAAUUAUAAAGUCUAAUAAAAGUUAAACGCUGUUUUAUUUUUUCCAUUAAAGUCAAAUAACUCGACGCAGGUUCUUGAAAUGAUUCGCGUGCAAAGCGAUUUUUUUUUUUGCAUGUGAACAAUUAAAAGUGAAAUGUCAAUUAUUGAAUAAUAAAUGCGUGCAUUUAAAUGAUUUUUAACCGGAAGAAAGAUUGAAGUGGCCGCGAAAACUAAAACUAAAACUAAAUAUUCAGGCGUUUUAUCGGAUUUAAGAUACCAGACAUAGCAAACGCAAACGCAUGCCGGCGGCAUACAAAUUACUGCAAGCUAUUCAAAUGCAAAGAAUCGCAAAAGCCUCGUCAGUAGUCAACCAGUCGGUUAAUAACAUACAUACAUAAAUAGUCGGUGGGUUUUGCUUCGAACUUUUCUUUUCCAUAAGCAGCUGAAAAUUUUUCUAAAGACCUUUUUUUUAUUUUUUUGUCUUCUCUUUAAUCAAAGUCUCGCGAAGAACCAAAAUCGAGCAUAAAAACACAGUGGCAAAACAUUGUGCUUAAUUAAAGAAAAUACAUAUUUAAAAAUAAACUGUAUAAUUCAAAAAAAUUUGUGCGGGCGAAAGAGCGAAGGCGAAAAAAAGCAGGAAGACGCGUACGAAACAGCGACGGCAAAUCGCUAAAGAAAAAGCACUAAGAACACUUCAAAAAUAUUCGUAUCUUCUACUAAAACUAAAACAAAUGAACAAUUCCGAAAGGGCCUAAAUCAUCUACAAAACUUUUGUUUUAGGUAUACAUAAUUCAUUGAUAAAGCGAGUACAGCAAGCAGUGUGGGUACAGAGUCAGCGCCGGAGAGCGCGCGUAGCAAAGUUUGCGGAGGACUUUUAUAUAGAGCAAACUAGAGCGCUUAGCUAGAAGCAAUAGCAGAAAUUUAUUAAUUCGUAUAACUUGGCUGAAGUGUUAUCUAAUCUGCACGAGCAUUAUUUGCUCGUCUCGCACACUACCCACCCAUCCACCACCACCACCUCCUAGCAAAAGCGGCCCAACAACACGACAACUUAGUACAUCUGCACACAGAGUACGACGUAGCAAACAAUAUUAACCAUACCAACGAUAACAACAACAACAGCAAAAAAGGCAUCGACAACACAAACAACCUGCUUGCCAUCCGCGCGCGCGGUACGCAACAAAGUCAGCCGCAGAGUUAGUUGUUAUACGCUCAUUCAUUCACUCACUCAGUCAGUCAGUCAGUUAGUCAGUUAGUUAGUCGAUGUCAGACGGCGAACGUAUUUGUAGGAAUAUUUUUGUUUUGUGACAAUCACUAGGCCAAGUAGCGUGAACUUCGUGUUUUUUUCUAGGUGCGUGCGAGAUACUGUGAAAGCGCCAAAACGAUCGCUUGGCAGUCAUAGCAGUCAUAGGGGUUACACAAGUGUAUCUAUCGCCAAUUAAUCUUACUACCCCUACAAGUGUGCGCCUUUAGAUUUGAAGAGCAAUAAUUUUCAAACGUAAAAAGCUAUAAAUUUAAAAAAAAAACUGUGCAGUGUAAAAGGUGUUAAGGAGCACACAAGUGCAAUCUUCACAAUUGUCGCGCAGAAUUGAAUAAUAUUUAACAGCAAAAAAGUGACAGCGAAGAGCAGCGAAAACAGCAACGACCACAUAUCGAUUAAAAUAAUAAAAAUAAUAAUACUUCAUAAUAUUAAAAUAAGAGUAGCUUAAACAAAUCACGAAUCACACAAAAUGGCCAUCAUUAGCAGUACAAAAACGUCGACGUCGAGUGCGACACCAACCACCACGACCACCGCGACCACAUCCGACAGUUCAUCCAGAUCCAGAACGAGCGCCGUCGCGUGCGCUGCCACCAAGCUAGACACCACUAACACUCUGAAUAUGCGAAAAUCGAGAAAUACAACAGUGGCAACGGCUGCAUCAUCGUCGUCGUCCAGAGCAUAUUUUCCAGCAUUACACACAUCAACACCGAUAGCAACAACAAGAGCAGCAGCCGUUGUUACAGGAAAAUCAGCGUCGCCAACACCAUCAUUAUCGGCAACAGAUUCUAAUACAACAGCAACAGCAACAACAACCUCCGUACCAACAUUCAAUCUGCUGUACAAAUUCAUCAUAUUUGCCAUACUGAUUUGCACAACGCCAACGUUGGCUAGUGGUCGACGGCAUGCGCCGCUUAUGGUGGAAGAACCGGAGGGAACACGUCGAAAUAAUAGACCAGUUGUUUCGGAAUGUCAAUUUGGCAAAACAGUACGAGAAAUUGGCUCCACUUGGUUCGCGGACCUCGGGCCACCAUUCGGCGUCAUGUACUGCAUCAAAUGCGAAUGUGUAGCGGUACCGAAAAAACGUCGCAUCGUUGUACGCGUACAGUGCAAGAACAUUAAACACGAAUGUCCGCCGACUUUAUGCAGUGAUCCAAUUCAAUUACCCGGUAAAUGUUGUAAAACAUGCCCAGGCGAUAAAAAUGAUACGGACGUCUCUUUGGAUGUGCCUGCCCCGGUUAAUAUUGAAGAGGAGGAGCGCAAUAUGAAGCAUUUCGCAGCUCUACUCACCGGCAGGACAUCACAUUUCCUAAAAGGCGAGGAGAUGAAGGCCAUGUAUGCGACUAGCACCUUCAAUCCGCAAAAUAUUGUUGCCACAGGCCGCUUCUUAUUCCACAAGAAGAAUCUCUAUUACUCGUUCUACACGUCGUCGAAAAAUAAUCGCCCGCGUACCAUUCAAUUUGUCAACGACGUUGGCACCAUUCUCGAGGAGCAUCAGCUGCAGACUCCACUCUCCGAUACACAGAGCGUGUAUCAGAAUGCGACUGGUAAGAUCUGUGGCGUUUGGCGUCGUGUUCCUCGUGACUAUAAGCGUCUACUGCGCGACGAACGCUUACACGUUGUAUUGCUGUGGGGCAAGAAGGAUCAGAUUGAUCUGGCUCUCGGUGGUAAGAUUGGCAAGUACACUGCUUUGCAAACGGAGUUAUUCAGCUCAUUGUUGGAGCCUUCACCGGGCACAAAGCCCGCUUUAUUGAAUGGCGCUGGCGGUACAGCUAUAAUCUCGACAAGCAGUGGCGCCGCCGCUUCCGUGCAUUUGACCCUCGUCUUUAAUGGUGUAUUUGGGGCCGACGACUAUUUGGAUAGUCCGAUCAAUAUACGCGUUGAGUCGCCCGAUCGUAAGGAAAUCGUGUUGGAUGAAGUUCAAAAAGUACGCAAGCCUUCGUCUGAGAUCAAUGUAAUGGAAAUAUCUUCACCCAUUUCCAUACCGAUGUUGCGGUUGAUGUCACGCGGCAAACUGCUACUCACAAUCGAAUCUAAGAAGAACCCUCACCUACGCAUACAGGGUCACAUUGUCACUCGCACAACAUGCGAACUCUUCCAAACGUUGCUCACACCACACAAUGCGGAGUCGAAGACGAAGAGCAGCGGCCUGGCCUGGGUCUUCCUCAACACCGAUGGUUCUCUUUCGUACAACAUCGAAACCGAUAAUAUUAGCACUAAAGACAGACCCGAAAUCAAUCUUAUGGAAGAUUUGGGUAAACGCAGAACGAUGCUGGAGAACCUUACACCAACGUUCAACUUUAACCAAGCCAUAGGCACCAUCGACAAAUUGGGUCCGAAAGCACUUGAAUCUCUAUAUACUGGCGAUCUGGGCGUCAACAUAGCCAUCGAGAACGAGCCAAGUCUCAUUCGCGGCCACUUUGUACCACGUCCCGUUGCCGACGCUCGGGACUCUGCCGAACCAAUCCUACUGAAACGUGUUGAAAAUUCUACAACUGCCCCAGUUCACGCCAUGGGCAUGGCUUGGUUGGCCAUCGAUAACGAAUGUAACCUGCACUACGAACUCACUGUGAAUGGUUUUCAAUCAAAUCCUCAGGAUUUGCAAAUAUACCUCGAAGAAAAGCCAAUCGAGGCUAUUGGAGCACCGGUGACACGCAAACUACUUGAGGAGUUCUCCGGCUCCUACAUGGAAGGUUACGUACUCGGCAUGCCCUCCAGCGACCUCGUCAAAUUGGAGAACAGUGUAUGUUACCUGGAAAUCCAUUCGAAGGAGAAGAGUGAGCUCAUGUUGCGCGGCAAGUUGAAAUCUACGAAGGUACCAUCGCACUGUUUUCCCGUCCACACGGAUAACAAUGUACCGAAUGUGCCUGGUGACCACAGCGACAGCAAUCUGAUUGCACCGGGCGCUAAGUGUUUCCAUUCCGGUCGCUUUUAUGAUGAGUCCGAGCAAUGGCGUAACGCGAAUGAUGUUUGCCAAAUGUGCGCCUGUCAGCGCGGUCAGCCCACCUGCGAACCCAUCAAAUGUCCAGCUGUGCAGUGCAAACCCAACGAAGAAUUGGUGCGACGAGAGGGCGAAUGUUGUUCAAUGUGCAUACCGCAAAAUGUAGUCAUUGAAACGGAGAAAACGGUAGAACAGACCGCACGCGGCUGUCGUUUGGGAGACCAAUUCCACCUGGCCGGCGCCAUUUGGCAUCCGUUCUUGCCACCAAACGGCUUUGACACAUGCACCACCUGCACUUGCGAUGUGCUGACACUGGAGGUGCGUUGUCCACGCAUGGUGUGCCCGCCUCUACCCUGCUCCGAGAAGAUCGCCUACCGUCCGGACAAGAAGGCUUGUUGCAAGGUGUGUCCUGAAAGCAAAUCCUCGCGUAGUGGCGAAAAGGCCGGACCCUCCUACCCCAACGUACUGCAAGAUCAAGGAUCGCAUAAGACAACAUCUCCGGAGGAGAUCCUAAGUCAAGGCGGCUGCAAGGUAUUAAAUAAGAUAUACGAAAAUGGACAGGAAUGGCAUCCGAUUUUGGCAUCACAUGGAGAGCAGAAGUGCAUCAAAUGUCGCUGCAAGGACUCUAAAGUGAAUUGCGAUCGAAAGCGUUGCUCACGCUCCACCUGCCAGCAGACGCGUAUCUCGGCAAAGCGGAAAUUCUAUGAGAAACCCGGCAUUGGUGGAGGGAAUGAGCCGGUCAUCGACGAGUGCUGCUCAACGCAGUGUAGACGCUCGCGCCGCCACCACAGACGCACACACCAGGAGCGCCCUAGUGCCGCCGACGAUCGGCAACAGCAGUCGAAACGGGUGCAACAGCAAGCGAAUCUUAACCGCAGCGGCAGCAACAACCAUAGCAGCUGAGCGCCAAAGUCAGGUCGUCGCAAUCAUUCAGAACACACAUACACACAUAAUAUCGCCCGAAUAUCACAGAAGAUAAAAGAAUAACAAAAUCGCAAUUUUCUUCUAAAGAAAAUGCGCGCCCUUUGUAACUUUCUUGAAACCAGGACUGAAAAUGAAUGAGGCGAACGAAGCGUUGAAAACAAUGGAGAGUAGCACUGACAAAAAAUUACAUAAAUAAGAAAUAUGUACAUAUAUACAUAUAUGAGUAUGUAUGCAAUAAAAGGGAUCGGAUAUUUGCCAACAAAGCCGCCAGCAAAAUGACAUAUGUAGAUACAUAUUUACUUAAAAAAAACGAAAGCAACUUUUUGUAUUUUAACAACAUUAUCCACAGAUAGCAGAUAAAACAGAAAUGCAGUUGGAAGAGCGAAUAGUGCGCCAGUUGUAUGGAAUAUAGUCCAUGUAGAGAGAGUAUGGCUAGUAACUAUUUUAGAGAUGUGCUAGCGGAAGCUAUUUAAAAAAUAUUUAUGAAUUACCUUAAGGACACCAGUGCAGUUGCUUCAAAAUUGUAUAAAACGUUUAAUUUUAACAAAAGGAUUUAAUUUCCAAAAUGCCGUCGCAUCCAGUUGCUGAGCUGAGAGUGGAAUUCUCUGGAAAUACAUUGUUCUAGUAGAAUGAUAAUAGACGAUUGCUGACUGAGAAUUGUAAGCAAAUAUUAAGGCAACGAGUUUGCGGCAAAAAGUGCGAUAGAGGGUGGCAGAGAGAGACAGUGCAAAAAUGAGAAACACAUCCCAAACGUUUCGACUGAUUGACUGAAUGGCAUAGACUAAGUAAAAUAAACUUACAAAAAUGCUAAAAAAAAAA